AUGGGCCUAUUCAACAAGUCGGCGAACCCAACCCCCGCCACAGGCGCCACGCCUCGAUCCCUGACGGGUCAGUCCAUUCGAGGCAAGAUAUCAGGCCCGAUUCCCAUUCCCAGCCCCUCCGACGACGAGUUUCCCAUGCGCAAUCCUGGCACCGGUAUUGCCACGCCUUUAGCUGGCGGCGACAUGAAGAUUCAGCAGUUGCACCUUCCGCAGGCCGAACCCAGGGCCGGGUCGAUUGUCUCAGUCGCCCACCCCGAAAACUCACAGCCGCCGAGGACAGACUCGGUGGUCGCUCCCACGGGAUCGGCCGGUUCUGACUCCAUGUCGCCGCCCACGUCUGGCGUCCACGCCCACUCGCCGCAGUCGCAAAGGAGAACAAACGGCUCCAGUCACUUGCGCUACUCGGCCGUGAGCGCUUCGUCGGCACAAACCGGCGGGAGCCGUGACCGGCCACAGCGUAAGAAGUCGACUUUGCGCGGUGCACUAGGCAAACUCUUCGGUCGCAAGAAGAAGACAAGCAGUCAAGGUUCGGCCGAUUCGCAGCGCAUGUCAACCUACAACCCCUCGAACCAACACAAGAGCGAUAUAUCCGCGUUAAGCCGAGUCAGCGAAGCCGAACCAAAGCGAUCGGCAUCUUUGCCAAUCACCGAGUACGACAGAGCAUUAAGGUCUCACUCUAUUGGGCCUCAUGACAUCACUGCUAUCGAGAGCGCCCGUAACUCUAUCAACGUCGAUUUAUCUGUGCUGGGCCACAGGAGGGCUGCGACCGUCACUACAAGCCAGAUAUACUCGGCGCCGUUUAGGAGCCGUGAAGGCGAAUUGUCGGGUCUUUCACCUCGUCCCGCAAGCACUCAUGUACGCGGGAGUCGGCUUUUUACCGACGAUGACGAUCCAGAGGAAAUCGGGCGGGCAAUCACCAGUGAUGUCAGCCAAAAGCGACGAUCCCGGAGCCUCAGUGGCAUCCAGAAUCCCGAGGUUCGCGCUGAUCUCCGACGCAGAAGUGACGAGAUCCGCUACUGGAGGGAAAGCUAUGCCCCGGCUGUUGCAUCCCCGGUCUCGUCCAACCCCCCUGAUCAUGAGCACCAAUUCACACGCGCGGUCUCUAUGGAUGUGCCGGAUACGCCAGUGGAGCAGGGGCAACAUGUGCAUACGCCGCCUCAGCCAUUCUCCUUCGGCAACCUGGCUCACAUGAAUGUCAUGGCUGGCAUGAAGAUCACGCAAGCAGCCAGUAUAGAGACACGGAUAGAGACCCUUGAAGAGAGGAUGCACCGCGUGGAAGAUGUCGUAACACAGCUUUGCAACUCGGUUCCUGGAUUCCAGAUGCAUAUCAACCACCCACAGCGGCCCGCGCCUUCUGUCCCUGGGCCCGAGCUAUCUACUCAAACAACGAACUCGGUGCUCAACCCGGCGCUCCGGCAGUUAUCACGCCAGGAUGCGCCCCCCGCGUCUCGGUAUAGCAGCUCCGCGCACUCGAGAGAUUCUCACACCUCGUUUGGCGAGACUCCCACAUACGUAGGCUCUCUGCAACUCCCUGCAUCAAUGAACAGACCGACCUCGAAUUCCACCAUCCGAGGCGUAAUCAGCUUGCCUGCCAUAUCGCACGUCGAGACAAGCAGCAGAACGACAGACACGUUCACGGCAGAUCACUACACGAUGCUUCUUGCACUUGUAGAGACGGAAAGAGCCUCCAGACAAGCUCUUGAGUCUCAGGUGAAGAAGCUAACCAGACGCUUGAACAUGAUUUCUGGACCCGGCGGCCAUGGUCGCAUUUCUCUGCAAAUGGAACCGCCGCCAACGGCCAAGUCUUUUGGCAGCGUGUCAGCCUUUGACCAGGAUUUGUCGGACGAUGACGAAGCCUCGUCCAGAAACCGACGAAUCUUGGCCGAAGACUCGGGCGUCGGGACUGGUCCUGGAGACGAUGAUUCAUACUCGGAGGUCUUUGCGACGCCGAGAGAAGAGCAGUCGCACGGUUACGGUGCGUUUGGAGAGGAAUUACGCGACGAGGACGAAGAUCCCCAGCGCAAAAAGGCGGCUAGGACUUUGUCUUUGAGCCAGAUGACGUUGAGCAAGAAACCCUCUAGGACAGCCGUGCAGAUUUAA